ACCAAGCAGGCUGGACCCUUCUUCCAGGUGACAGCUGCUGCCAUGGGGGCUCCGGCCCUCCUGUGGCCUCCCCUGCUGUUCCCAUUGCUCACAGUACUGUUUGGCCAACCUCUGGGAACCUUGGCCCAGGUCCAAGUCUGCUCUGCGAACCAGACGUUCUUUACAUUGGAAGAGAACAAAACUGUUUCUGGGCCCCUGGCGGAACUUUUUGUCCCAGAUGACCAGUUGGUGACCUUGGGACCCUUGUCCACCCCUUACGCCUUUAAGAUCGUGGGAACUGAGCUGUUUCUCAACGUGACUCCAGAUUAUGAGGAAAACUCAUUGCUUGAGGCAGUCCUGGAGUGUAAAAGAGGAAACACUGUGGUGAUGCAGUUCAAGGUGAUUGUGGCUGUCCUGGAUAUCAAUGACAAUGCGCCAAAAUUCCCUUUUGAAAUCAAGGAAUAUAAUGUAUCGGAGGACACUAGAGUGGAUACAACCGUCAUCCCUGAGAUAGAGCUGAAGGCUACAGACGCUGACAAAGGAGACAUCCUGGUCUACACUCUGCAGGAAGUGACCCCCAAUGCCAGCAAGUUCUUCUCCCUGGAGGGCAUAAACUAUCCUGCUCUGAAGUUGGACCAGACCCUGGAUUUCUACAAGAACCAGAACAUGACCUUCAGGCUGCUGGCACGGGAUACUUGGGAGGAGAACGUAAAGCCCAGCCAUACGGCCACUGCCACCCUGGUCUUGAACGUGCUGCCAGCUGACCUACGGACCCCCUGGUUCCUGCCGUGCUCAUUCACAGAUGGCUACUUCUGCAUCCAGGCCCAAUACCAUGCGGUUGUCCCCACGGGACACAAACUGCCAUCCCCCCUCACCUUGAGUCCUGGUCCCAUCUAUGCUGUGGACGGAGAUCUGGCCAUUAACCAGCCGAUCACCUACCGCAUUAUGGCAGGAAACACGGAUGGCACAUUUAUCAUCAACGCAAAUGAUGGCAACCUCACGAUGGCUAAAAGUGUCCCCAGCCCCAUGAUGUUCACCCUGCUGAUCAGGGCUGAUCAGGCUGACAUGGCUCGAUACUCAGUGACUCAGGCUAUUGUGGAGGCUCGAAGUGUCACUGGGAACCCACUCCAGUUCUCUCAGAGCCUGUACUAUGGCACAGUGGUAGUGGGUUCUGAGGCUGGCACAGCAGUGAAGGACAAGACCUUCCCUUCGGAGAUCCUGAGGAUCCAGGCUCAGUACCCAGGCUUCCCGGACCUCAACUCAGCUGUCACUUAUCGAGUCACCAACUCCUCAGAAUUCAUGAUGAAUAAGGAUAUCAUGCUGACCACGCAGCCUAUGAAGGAAGCAAGAACCAUCCGUGUAGAGGUAGAAGCUAGCAAUACUGUGACUAAGGACACAGCCACCGCUGUUGUUGAGAUCCAAGUGUCAGAGCAGGAGCCGCCCUCCACAGAGUCCCCCACACCCCCAGAAGCUGGAGGAACAACUGGGCCUUCAAGUAACAGCACUUUGGAAAGCCCCUCGACCUCUGGGACCUCUCAAGGACCUGCCACAACCAGCUCUGGGGGAAGUGCUGGCCCAUUCCCACCUGCAGGCACAACUCUAAGCCCACCCACCUCUGCCUCAUCCGUACCUGGGGGGUCCCCUAGUCUUGGAACCAGUACUUCUCCCCAGACAGCCACUCCCGGUGGGGACUCAGCACAGACCCCCAAACCAGGAACCUCUCAGCCAACAGCCCCUACUUCCAGAACAAGUACCUCCCUCAUGCCAAGCACAUCCAGAAGCGACCCAACACAGACCCCCAAACCAGGAACCUCUCAGCCAAUGGUCCCCAUUCCAGGGGCCAGCACCUCUUCUCAGCCAGCCACUCCUAGUGGCAGCUCAACACAGACCCCCAAGCCAGGAACCUCUCAGUCGACAGCCACUGGGCCCAUCUCAGGAGCAGGUGAUCUGGGUGAUGGCCAGAGAUUUUCUACAGUGGACAUGGCAGUGUUGGGCGGGGUGCUAGGCGCACUGCUGUUGCUGGCCCUCAUCUGCUUGGUCAUCCUCGUCCACAAGCAUUACCGACAUCGGUUCACUUGCUGCUCUGGGAAGGCUUCGGAACCACAGCCGAGAGGCUAUGACAACCUGACCUUCCUCCCAGACAACAAGGCCAAGUGGUCGCCCACCUCCAACCGAAAGCCAGAGCCGAGCCCUGAGCCUGCCCAGCCGCCCCUCCCUCCUCCUAGUCCCACGUCCUCCAGUCUCACGCCCCCCAGCUCCGCUCCUCCUAGCCCUCAGCCCAAAGCUUCCGGGUCUCCUAAGACAGUCCAGGCUGGGGACAGUCCUUCAGCCGUGAGGUCUAUCCUGACUAAGGAGCGGCGGCCGGAGGGGGAGGGCGGCUACAAGGCCGUGUGGUUCGGCAAGGACAUCGGGGCGGAGGCUGACGUGGUGGUCCUCAACGAGCCCACCGCCGACGUGGACAGCGCCAGUGCCUCGGGAAGUGAGGGCAGCGAUGAUGAUGACCCUGACCAGAAGAGUCUCCGCCUCAACGCCACGGAAGAAGCUAGCAUUUACAUCUAGCUCAGCAUCCUGACUCUCCACCCCAAGCCACUCCCCUUUCCUCAGCUAAUUAAAGUAGCACUUUCGAA